AUGCCGACUCCCCCGCACCGCAUCCUGACCCACAUCCGGAACACGUCGCGCGCCGCCCUCGCGUCCACGUCCCUCCCCUACAACAACGCCGCGCUCGGCAUCUCCUCCGUCCUCCUCCGUCACGGCCUCCUCACCAACGUCUCCCUCGGCGGACCGACGCACCCUGCCCCCGCCGAAUUCCCCAAGCUCCCCGUCCCCGCCCGCCGUCUCUGGAUUGACCACAAGCCCUCCGUCCGACGAGGUGUCGACCACGAGAAGCUCGGCCUCCUCCUCCAGGGAAAGCGCGUGAACAACGUCCCGGGCGUCGGAACCGGAGAAAUCCUCAUCGUCAAGGUCCCCAAAGACAGCAGCAUGGGACGCAAGGGCGUCGACAUGUACAUGGAGGGAUGGGAGGCUUACACCGCAGGCCUCGGCGGUGAGCUGAUCGCCCGCGCCUCCUAA